AUGGAUUUACCUUCUUAAUUCAAUCUUGAGCUCUAACCUGUGAGCAAUUAAUAAGCCCUAUUAUAAGAGAAUUCUGAAGAUGAAAAUGAUGGAGAAAAAAGAUCUUUAUUAACUUUAUUAUUCUUUUUAGAUGUUUAUCCAAUGAUGAAGGUAUAAAUAAUCUUCAUAUUUCAGCAAUCUUAAAACGUUUCCCUUGAAAGUGAUUAAAUCAAAGAAUUAAGGUAUCCAAAGAAAUCUCUUAGAAUGCAUGAAUAGUUUUUCACCUAUCUAUAAAAAGAUGGUAAACUUAUAAAAUAACUAUUAUUGUUCUUUUUGUGUAAUAUUCUAUGUCAUAUUAGCUCCUCUUCUAAGAGUUGUCUUAAUUCUUUUAUUGUUAACUCUAGGAUAACUUUGUAUGCCAUUGCUAAUAAGAACUGUUAUUGAUUACAUAAAGAAUGAAAAUCGAGAUAAAGAUGAUGCAAUAUAUUUGAUUUUGGCAAUUUUAUGUCUGAGAGUUAUGAAUAUUUUCUCUUAAGCACAUUCAAGAAGAAUGAUUGUAUUAAAUGAUUAUAAUAAUAGUUAUGUGUUGGUUAUGAUGCUAUGUCAGUAGUAAGUGUGGAAAUAAUGAGAAAGUGUUUACGAGUUUCAUUACUUAGUACUACAGAAUGGUCAAGUGGAGAAAUAACGAAUUUAAUCUAAGUAGAUGCAUAAAAACUAGUCUUAAUUACCAGUUAUAUAUCUAGUGUUUUAAUGAUACCUUUAUAAUUAGGUAAUAAUCACAGAUUAAUUUUUAGGGAUAAGUUUAUAUUUAAUGUAUAGUAUGAUAGGAUUGUCAUUUUUGAUUGGAUGCACAAUAAUUUUGAUAAUGAUUGUGUUUAAUAUAUUUACAGGAAAAUAAGUUGUUAAAUCAUAAAGUUAACUUCUCAAAGAUAAAGAUGAAAGAACGAAAAUAGCAAAUGAAAUUUUUUCUUAAAUAAAAUUUAUAAAAAUAAAUGCUUUAGAAGAACAUUUUUUAAUUAAAAUUGAAGAAGCAAGAGAGAAGGAGAUUAAAAGCAUAAAAAAUAGACUUUAUUAUUCAGCUAUAAAUAUAUUUUCUGUAUGGUUAACACCUUAAUUAAUUUUGAGUAUGACAUUUGGAUUAUAUGUUUAUUUGGGACAUCAACUGAAUCCGAGUACAACAUUUGCAAUAAUAAGUUUAUUUUAGAUUUUAUAGUAACCUUUGCUUUAAUUGCCAAUUGCAAUAAAUUCUUUAAUAGAGGCAAAGUUAUCAUUAAAAAGAAUAUCAAAAUUUUUAGCUACAAAAGAUUUAAUGACUAAUUGCAUUUAUACAUCAGAAUUUCGAGAUCCAACAGCAGCAGUAGAUUUUUAGAAUGGAAUAUUUUAUUGGAAUAAAUAAAUCACAAAUAGUCAAGAGGCAAAGACUGGUAUUGAUGAUUAGAAUGAAGGAUUGGACAAAGUAUAGGAAUGUUUUAAGGGAUAAUAAUAGGAAUAACCAAUAUUAAAAAAUAUAAAUUUGAAAAUAGAACCUGGAAAGUUUGUUUCAAUAAUAGGAGAUGUGGGUUCUGGAAAAACUUCAUUUUUAUAAGCACUUUUAGGAGAGAUGGUAUAUUAUGAAGGAUAUGGAUAACCAAAAAUAAGAUUGAAUGGGAAAUUAGCAUAUGUUAGUUAGAAACCUUGGAUAUAGAAUGCAACAGUAAAAGAGAAUAUAAUUUUUGGUAAAUAGUUUAAUUAAGAAUAAUAUGAGAAUGCUAUAUAUUAUUCAUGUUUAACAUAAGAUUUAUAGAUUCUAAUAAAUGGAGAUUAAACAACGAUAGGAGAGAAGGGAAUCAAUUUAUCAGGAGGUUAGAAAGCUAGAAUUAGUUUAGCAAGAGCAAUAUAUAGUGAAUCAGAUGUUAUACUUUUAGAUGAUCCAUUAAGUGCAGUUGAUGCUCAUGUAGGGAAUUUUAUUAUGAAAGAAUGUUUAUUAGGUAACUUGAAAUAGACUACUAGAAUAUUGAUUACUCAUGCAUUAAAUUAUAGUAAAUAUACAGAUUAUAUUUAUUUAUUUGAAAAGGGAGAGAUAAUUGAAUAAGGAACAUAUAGAAAUAUGUUGAAAAGUUAAAAAUUUUAAGAGAUAAAAACUAAGUUUAACUCUAAUUAUAAUGGAGAUUUAGAGGAUUCUUUUGUAGUUUAGAAUCCAUUAGAAAAUUAAAAAAAAAAUACACCAAUAAAAAGUAAUUCUAAUAUUGAUUGUUCAAGUGUUAUACCUCUUUCAAUAUAAUCUUCAUAAAAAGAUGAAGUAGAGGAUUUAAUGCUCCUUGAAGAAAGAUAAAAAGGGAAUAUUAAUUAUGAGGUUUUCUUAUAAUAUUUUGCUCAUAAUGGAGGAUUACGAAGUUUUUCUUUAGUCGUUAUUAUAAUGAUAGUCUGGAUCUUUUGUUAUUUAGGAUCAAGCAUAUGGAUAUCUAAAUGGGCUGCUUUAUCAUCAACAGAUGAAGAGUUCUCUCGUAAUACAUUAUAUUUUUCUAUCUACUUUACGUUAGGCUUUAUGUAAGCUUUCUUUGCUUUCCUAAGAGCAGUAACAAUUAUAAAUUAAUCAAUUAAAUCAGCUUAAAUUAUACAUAAUAAAAUGAUGUAAACUUUAAUUUAUGCUCCAUAAUGUUCAUUUUUUGAAAGAGUUCCUUAAGGUAGAAUUAUGAAUAGAUUAACUAAGGACAUUAAUUCUUUAGAUACUGAAAUCUAUUGGAAUAUAAGUUGGCUCUAUACUAAAAUUAGUCAAUUAAUCAGUAAUACCUUUUUAAAUGUAUAUGCAAGUACAUACUUAAUAAUAUUUCCUAUUGUUGGAUUCUUUCUUAUUUGUUUCAAAAUGAAUAGACUCUAUAUGAAAGCUUCUAGAGAACUCUAAAGAUUAGAAUUAAUUAGUAAAAGUCCUAUUCUUAGUUACUUUACUGAAACCUUAUCUGGAUUAACUACUAUAAGAGCUUAUUAAUAGACAAAUUAAUUUUUAUAGAAUUUCUCUUAAAAAUUAGAUACUAAUAAAAAAAUAUAUUACAAAUAAGUGGAAUCAAAUGCUUGGUUUUUAUAAAUCUUAGGAUUGUCUAGUCUUAUUGUUAACAUUUCUGCUAUUGUUUAUUGUAUCUAUUAUACUGAAAAUCCAGCCUUUGCAGGACUUUUAAUGACAUAUGCAUCAAACAUUGAUGUUAAUGUACUUCAAACAGUUGAAUCCUUAAGUUUAUUAGAAAAUGGUAUUAUAUCAUUUGAGAGAUGUUUAGCCUAUACUAAGUAAUUAAAUUUUCUUAUAUUAUAGAAUUAAACCAGAAAAAAGAAAUGAAAAUAAUGUUAAAUUGUAGAAUUGGCCAAACAAUGGUGAAAUCUAAUUCCUCAAUUACUCAGUCCAAUAUCGUCAGAAACUCCCUCCUGCUCUUAGUAAUUUAAGUUUCAAAAUUAAUUCUUAAGAAAAAAUUGGUAUUGUUGGUAGAACAGGAGCAGGAAAAUCAUCUAUUACUUUAAGUUUAUUAAGAAUUUUAGAAUCUUUAGAAGGAUAAAUAUUAAUUGAUAAUGUUGACAUAUCAACCUUAUCUCUAAAAUAAUUAAGAGAAUCAAUUACAAUCAUAUUAUAAGAUGCUGUCAUCUUUAAUGCCACCAUAUAAGAAAAUCUAGAUCCUUAGAAUCAAAGAACAAAUCAAGAAAUUCUAUAAGCUAUUAAUAAAUGUUGUUUAAAUAGGUUAGUAAAUAAUAGAGAUGGACUAAUGACAAAAAUUUCGGAAGGAGGAGAUAAUCUUAGUGCUGGAGAAAAAUAAUUGAUUUGUAUUGCAAGAGCUAUUCUUAAAAAAACUAAAAUUGUUAUCAUUGAUGAAGCUACUGCUAAUAUUGAUGUUGAUACUGAACAUAAAAUCUAAUAAGUGAUUUAAUCUGCUUUUUCUAAUUGCACUGUAUUAACUAUUGCUCAUCGUAUCAAUACUAUUUUACAUUGUGAUAAGUAUCUCUUUUUUAAUAUUAUUAAGAAUUUUAGUUAUCGACUCAGGAUUACUUAAAGAAUUUGGUUUUACACAAGAACUAUUAAAUGAUAAAAAAUCUACAUUCUAUUCAAUAUAUUAAGAAGCACUCUAAAAUUAAGCUCAUUGACCAUUCACCUUGUAAUCAAUCAAUAUUAUGAUUUAUUUGUUGUUUAGAGGC